AUGCUCAAUGACGAAUUCGUUUCACAUAAGCUCACCUCCAAACACGCAAUCGAGAUGAGUUUCUUGUGUGACUGCGAUAGGGCUGAUGGCGAGGCACACUGUGAACACUUCUCUCCAUGUGUUUUGGUAGAACUCGAAACAAAGGUUGCCUGGGCGCUCUCGAACCUGGCCUCUGCUCUCUCUUCUUGCAAUAUCUCUCGUAGGGAUGCGGUCUUCAUCGUGGCGCCCAAAAUUCGAGCCAUGAACAGAAUGCAAUUCGCAGUAUCCAUGGUCAGGGGGGUUCUCAACUCGGUAAACAUCUUUUUCUUUGAUGGAAAGGAGUUGUGCAAGAGCAUAAACCUAGAUGAGGUUGUGGCCUAUGGUGCAGUUGUACAGGCUACUAUUUUAACUGGAAAAGGCGACCAGAAAGGGAAGGACUUGUUGUUGCUGGAUGUCACACCCUUUAGUGUCGACCUCGAGACAACUGGAGGCAUCAUGACUGUCUUGAUUCCCUGUAACAUCACAAUUCCCACUAAGAAGGAACAUAUCUUUUCGACUUACUCCGACAACCAGCCAGAAGUGCUUAUCCAGGUAUAUGAAGGAGAGCGUGCAAGAACAAAAGACAACAAUCUGCUAGGAAAAUUCGAGUUAAGCGGCAUUCCUCUCGCUCCUCGAGGCGUCCCACAAAUCAAUGUCACAUUCGACAUAGAUGUGAAUGACAUUCUGAACGUUUCUGCGGAGGACAAGACUGCGAGAGUGAAGAACAAAAUCACCAUUCCUAAUGACAAGGGCCGUCUUAGCGAAGAAUAUAUCGACAAAAUGGUGCGUGACGCCGAACAAUACAAAGCAAAGGAUUUAAGGGAUUUUUCUAAAGGGGAUACAUUUGAAUUUUGGAAUAGGGAGUUUUAUGGUUGGGUAUUAGAACCCGACAAUGGUAAUUUUGGCUGGUUCGGUGCCCCAACCGUUUCGCCUGACAAUAGUAAUAAGGAUUUCAAGAGUGUAAUGGUUCUGUGCAAAAAUGUAACAGCAUGCCAAGUGAUUGCAAUCAUUACGUCUCUGAGGCCAGUUGGUUUGGACAAGAUGUUGAUUUAG